UAUUAGGGUGGGACUGAGUGCACCUAAAGCCAGCUCCCAGACGAUAUAAAUAGCAAUGGAUUGAAAGAGCAGUGGGAGUUUUCUGCAGCGUGAAAAGUGCAAGAGAAAGCAGCCAGAGUCAUAAGUUCGGCUGAUCACAGGGUUUUAAGCUAUUUAAAGGGAGAUUAAUUGGAGAACAUGAAGACUUUAUACAUCAACCUGAUUCUCUUAUUCAUCGCCAGUCACGUGACGGUGAAAAAUGCCACUGAUUUACCAACAGGAGUGAACAUGACUAUUACAGAAAACGUGAAAGAUCAGGUGUCGGUGUCAGCGAUAAAAUCAAGGAGGAAGCGAUAUAUUUCUCAGAGCGAUAUGUUGGCCAUCGUUGAUUAUCAUAAUCAGGUGCGAGCUCGAGUGUUUCCUCCAGCAGCCAACAUGGAGUACAUGGUGUGGGAUGAGUCUCUGGCACGUUCAGCUGAGUCCUGGGCUGCAACCUGUAUCUGGGAUCAUGGGCCUCCAUAUCUGCUUCGAUACCUUGGCCAAAACCUCUCCGUCCGCACGGGCAAUUACCGGUCAAUCCUGCAGCUGGUGAAACCCUGGUAUGAUGAGGUGAAGGAUUACGCGUUCCCGUACCCACAGGAUUGCCACCCUACAUGCCCCAUGCGCUGUUAUGGACCCAUGUGCACACAUUAUACACAGAUGGUGUGGGGGACCACAAACCGAGUGGGCUGUGCAAUUCAGGUGUGUUACAACAUGGUGGUGUGGGGAUCUGUGUGGAGACAAGCAACCUACCUGGUCUGUGAUUAUUCCCCAAAGGGGAAUUGGGUGGGUGAGGCACCCUACAAACUGGGCGUGCCAUGUUCAGCGUGUCCUCCAAGCUACGGAGGAUCAUGUAGGAACAACAUGUGCUUCCCGUCACUAAAUUCCAACUUUGUGUACUGGUUUAAGUGAGCUGCCAUAGUACAGUAAACAUACAUGUGUGUACUCUUCAUGUCUUUUGAUAUAUACAGUUCAUUUUGUACAGCAGCAGGAGAAUUUAUAGGAAUUAUAUUUACACUUCCAGAAAUGGUGCUGAUGUUAUUCUAUAUGUAUGACCUUUUAUUACUACAGAUCAUCAUAUUGAUGUUCUUAAUAGUGAAUGUGUGUAUUCCUGUAUGGUCAAGGCUAGGUUUGACAUAUCUAUAAAUUAUUCAGUCUAUUACAGAUAGAUAGUUAGAUAUGAUUUCUGGAUCUACAUAUUCAGAUGUCAAGAGCCACUAUCUGCCGUGUAAUAUAGUAUAUAAUCUCAGGCUGUGUGUAACUACAGCCUGCAGUGGUUGUGUUGUAUGUAAAUUUGUGCAAUAAACACUGUUUGUGUGUUAUUAGUAAAAUAUCAUGUGACGUGGUGGUGUGAUGAAGCAGAGUAGGUGUCACCACCACGAAAGUGAAUUAUUUUCCUAUAUCUGCAAAUAAGUGUUUUAUUCCUCUUAUACCAAAGCAAUUAGCCACCAAUUCCUCUUUUGUAAUGAAUGACUUUGUCUUUUUUGUUUAUCAUUACAUUUAAUAUUAUGCAAUGUACACAGAAUAAGUUAGUUCCAGUUCUCAUUACAUUAUAACAGCUAUAAGCAGUCAUUCUGUCAGCAUCCUGCCUUUCACCAAAAGUGACACUUGUCAUGUUAUAGAGAAAAACAUUUUGUCUGACUAUAUGCUGCAGUAUUUGAGUUACUGCUCCAGAGAAAUGGUACAUCAGUGCUCAACCAGGUUAAACAUCAGGUCUACACACACAUACACACACACUGUUAUUUUAAAAGUGAUUUUUGAUUCUAUUAUUUAUUAUCAAUAUAAUUUAGUGCACUUUGUUGACUUAGUUUUCCUCUUCUUGAUCUCACUCACCCAUUUUCUACCGCCUAUCCGAACUAUUCUCGGGUCACGCGGCGUCAUCGGGCAUCAAGGCAGGAUACACCCUAGACGGAGUCUCUUCUUGCUCUGUAUAUCAAACAUUCAGGAAAAAACAGCCUCUUCUUUCAGGGUUUUUUAAUCACUGAUAUACAGCGCCAUCAUCUGGACAGGAAAUACACUGCUUUAAAUGUGUGACAUUCUGGUGCUGGUGGUUCAUUCACAUACACAUUCAGAUGCUCAGUAGACUCAUCACUUGGCUGGACUACACUGAAGAUGUAUAUAUUUUUGUACACUUGUAUGAUUUAGAUUUUGUACUCAAUAAAGAGGUGCUGAAUUCUAUAAAAACGGAA